GGAGUCACCUGCAGCCCGUUCGGGGCGGUACCAAAUGGAGAAGCCGACCUGAGCGUGGAUGGUCGGGUGAUACACGACCUCUCCUGUCCGAAGGGCACCUCGGUAAACGACCAAGUGCAAGAUGAGCCCACCAUAACUGUCACGUAUGAUGGAGCUGCAGUGUUAGCCCAACGGAUAUUGGAUGUCGAGCAAGAAUUUCCUGGUUUAGCUCGAAUGGCUACAGGGGAUGUAGCUGGUGCAUUUCGCAAUAUUCCGCUUGCAGCAGAGGCGGCCUGCCGAUUUGCAGGGACUUUGCCUGAACUCGGCAUUCUGGUGAUCGAUUUAUCAUGUCCCUUUGGGUGGUCAGACUCUCCACGGCAGUAUUGGUCUGCAGGAGGG